UUGCGCAUGCGGGCUGGGUGUGUUGUGGGGACGCUCGGGACAGAGGCCUAGUUGGUCUGAGUGGAGCCUGAGACGAGACACCACCAUGGGCUCACUGGAGAAGUGGGUGAACGAUGAGCUUCACCAGCUGCUGGGCCUGAGCGAUAAGUACGUGGCACAGUUCCUGAUCGGCACUGCCCAGCGCAGUGACAGCGUGGCGGACUUUAUCCGGCGCCUGGAGGAGACGGGGACCAUUGACAUCACGCAGGGAGUCCGACGUUUCGCAGACGAGCUCUGGACGAAGAUCCCCAGGAAGCAGAGGGUUGAGAAGGCAGCGCGUGCCGUCGAGCGAGAGGCCCUCGCCAUGCAGCAGAAGAACCGGACUUACCUGUUACUGGAGGACAGCGAGGACAGCGGGCCCGAAGAGAAGCAGAGCCACAGUAAAGGCAAACGGAAGCGGAAACACAUCCGGAAAAAGAGGGCGGCCUCAUCGGAGAGUGACUCCGACCACAAAAUGAAAAGGAACCCGUCGCCACAGAAACUGUCGGGAUCUGAAGAAGAAGAAUGGGAAAAGGAGGAGAAGGAUCGCUUGAAAGAUCUGGAGGAGCGAGAUGCUUUCGCAGAGCGUAUCAAGCAACGGGACAAGGACAGGACCCGAAAUAUCCUGGAGCGCUCUGAUAAGAAGGCCUACGAGGAAGCUCAGAAACGUCUGAAGAUGGGCGAGGAAGACCGGCGGGCAAUGAUCCCGGAGCUGCGCAAGAGGUCCCGGAGGGAUUACCUGGGCAAGCGAGAGCAGGAGAAGCUGGAGGACCUGGAGGCGGAAAUCCUGGACGACGAGUACCUGUUCUCCGCGACUGACCUCAGCAGCCGGGAGAAGCAGCAGCUGGACUACAAGAAGAAAGUGCGCGACCUGGCGCGGGAGUACAAAGCAGCCGGAGAGCAGGAGAAGCAGGAGCAGAGCAACCGCUAUUACAUGCCCGAGGAGUCCCGCAGCAAGAAAGUUCCGGAUCGCUACGAGGAGCCCAAGGCGGAUGACAAGCAUGCCCCUCGGGACGAGCAGAGGCGUUGGGAGGAGGAGCACAUGGAUGCAGCGCUGUUAAAAUUCGGGGCCCGGGACGCCAGGGAACGUAACCAGCAGAAGGAGUACGAGUUUGUGCUGGAGGAGGACGAGAUGAUUGACUUUGUGACCGCCGUCACCAUGCAGGGAACCGUGUCUAAGGAUGAAAAAGUAGAGAUGUCAGAGGCAGAGAGGCAGAAGAUGACCCUCCAGGAGGUGAGGAGGAGCCUACCUGUCUUCCCCUACCGUCAGGACCUGCUGGCAGCUAUCGCUGAGCACCAGAUCCUCAUCAUCGAGGGCGAGACGGGCUCUGGCAAAACAACACAGAUCCCCCAGUAUCUGUACGAGGAGGGCUACACGGCCGGGGGGAUGAAGAUCGGGUGCACGCAGCCUCGGCGCGUGGCAGCCAUGAGCGUGGCUGCCCGAGUGGCACAGGAGAUCGGGGUCAAGCUGGGAAAUGAGGUCGGCUACAGUAUCCGGUUUGAAGACUGCACCUCAGAGCGGACGGUGCUAAAAUACAUGACAGAUGGGAUGCUGCUGAGGGAAUUCCUCACGGAGCCGGACUUGGCUGGAUAUAGCGUGGUGAUCAUUGACGAAGCCCACGAGCGCACACUUCACACUGACAUUCUCUUCGGGCUGAUUAAAGACAUCUCCCGCUUCCGCCCUGACCUGAAGGUCCUGAUUGCGAGCGCCACCCUGGACACCGAGAAGUUCUCGACGUUUUUCGACGAUGCUCCGAUCUUUCGGAUCCCGGGGCGACGGUUCCCCGUUGAUAUUUACUACACCAAGGCCCCUGAAGCGGACUAUCUGGAAGCCUGUGUGGUUUCUGUCCUGCAGAUCCACGUCACUCAAGCUCCUGGCGACAUUCUGGUGUUCCUCACCGGUCAGGAGGAAAUCGAGACCACGUGCGAGAUGUUGCAGGAGCGAUGCCGUCGCCUGGGCUCCAAGAUUGCCGAGCUGCUGGUUCUCCCCAUUUACGCCAACCUCCCCUCAGACAUGCAGGCCAAGAUCUUUGAGCCCACCCCAGCAGGUGCCAGGAAGGUCGUCAUCGCCACCAACAUCGCGGAGACCUCCCUGACCAUCGACGGGAUCAUCUAUGUGAUCGACCCUGGUUUCUGCAAGCAGAAGAGUUACAAUGCACGCACAGGCAUGGAGUCUCUCAUUGUCACACCCUGCUCCAAGGCAUCAGCCAACCAGCGAGCUGGCAGGGCUGGCCGCGUGGCUGCCGGGAAGUGCUUCCGUCUCUACACAGCCUGGGCCUUCAAGCACGAAAUGGAGGAAACGUCCAUCCCGGAAAUACAGCGAACAAACCUGGGCAACGUGGUGCUGCUGCUGAAGAGCUUAGGAAUCAACGACCUGAUCCACUUUGAUUUCAUGGACCCCCCUCCUCACGAGACCCUCGUGCUGGCCUUGGAGCAGCUGUACGCCCUGGGGGCUCUGAACCACCUCGGAGAACUGACCAAGCUCGGUCGCAGGAUGGCAGAGCUCCCUGUGGACCCCAUGCUGUCCAAAAUGAUCCUAGCCUCUGAGAGGUACCAGUGCUCUGAGGAGAUCCUAACCAUCGCAGCCAUGCUGUCGGUCAACAACGCCAUCUUCUACCGGCCCAAAGACAAGGUGGUGCAUGCUGACAAUGCUCGCAUGAACUUCUUCCUGCCUGGAGGGGAUCAUCUGGUCCUGCUCAACGUCUAUACACAGUGGGUAGAAAGCGGCUACUCCACGCAGUGGUGUUACGAGAAUUUCAUUCAGUUCCGGUCGAUGCGGAGAGCCAGGGACGUGCGGGACCAGCUGGAGGGUCUGAUGGAGAGGAUUGAAGUGGAGAUGAAAUCAUCUGCGGGCGAUAACGUCCUCAUCCGCAAGGCCAUCACCGCUGGCUUCUUCUACCACACCGCCCGGCUCACUCGCACUGGCUACAAGACGGUGAAGCACCAGCAGGCGGUCUACGUCCACCCCAACAGCAGCCUGUUCGAGGAGCAGCCCCGCUGGCUCAUCUACCAUGAGCUGGUCUUCACCACAAAGGAGUUCAUGAGACAGGUGAUCGAGAUCGACAGUGGGUGGCUGCUGGAGGUGGCUCCGCAUUACUACAAAUCCAAGGAGCUGCAGGAUGCGGCCAGCAAGAAGAUGCCGAAGAAAGUGGGCAAGACUCGGGAGGAGCUCGGCUGAGGGGGCCUGGGCACGGGUGCCCUGCCCACUCGGCCACCCAGCCCUCUGCAGUGGGACCACACCUCAUUAUCGACAGGGUGAACAUUCACUGUUUCAGAUUAGACGGAGCGAGGGUUGCCUGAAGGAUAGCCUCAAAUCCCCCGGCGUCGUGCUGGCACUGGAUGCCCGGUUCGGAUCGGAUUGCAGCCUCCAUCCCCCAGGGAGGAACUGUUACACCGCGUUUCAGCCGGCAGCGAGCUAGGGCUGGGCGGAGAAUGGAGCCUCUGAGCUGCAGUGCAAUGGCCACAGUGGAUCUGAGCCACCGGGAACAAUAACCAAGGAGGAAGGAGUUCCCGAUGCCAGGGCUCAGGCCGGUCCUGUGGCCUGUGCCAGCAGCAGGGCCCUUGCCCCUCAGAACACUUUCACAUCUGCACGAGUGAGGUUAGUGCAGCACAGGGCUGUCUACGGCAAUCCAGAGCGGCCACUUCCCGAUGUUUCAAAUAAAGUUUGGCACUUUUGGAAAAGAAGAA